UAUUCUAUUUUUUAGGAAAAUUUGAAUUUGUUUCUAACUAUAGUUGAUACAUAUUCAUGUAACAAUGCUAAAUAAAAUAACAUUUGCAUGUGACGAAGGUUGAACAGCCUGUGGUUUGAACUAUGAUAGCUGCUACUGCAAAGAAAACAUUUUACAGGCGAGUUUUGCCUGACAUCUGUACCGCAUUUGCAUCUGAAAGAGGCAAGCAAUUGUUCAAAACUGCUCUUGCCACUGAGCACAUGAACUGUUACUUUCCACUUGCUAGUCAGUUCAGAACACAAGAAGAACCAGCAUACUGUGGUCUUUCAUCUCUUGUCAUGGUUCUUAAUUCUCUGGCAGUCGAUCCAGGUGUGGUUUGGAAAGGGGUUUUUCGUUGGUAUCAUGAAGACAUGCUUGAUUGUUGUUCUCCCCUAGAAGAAAUUAGGAAAAUAGGUGUUCCUAUGGACAACCUGAUGUGUUUGGCACUGUGUAAUCAACUUGACGGGGAACUAAAACGGGUGUCUGACACUAUGAAUAUUUCAGAAUUCAGAGAGGAUGUGAAAAAUGCCACAAAAAGCACCAAAAUAGCUAUCAUAGUAUCAUAUGGAAGAGGGGUUUUAGGUCAAACUGGCACAGGACAUUUCUCUCCUAUUGGUGGAUACAAUUCACAGGAAGAUAUGGUACUUGUUAUGGAUGUGGCAAGAUUCAAGUAUCCUCCAUAUUGGGUUCCUUUGACAAAAUUAUGGGAAGCUAUGCUGACUAGAGAUGUAGAGACAGGACUUUAUCGUGGAUACAUGGUUCUAUGGAGGGCUGAUGAAGGAGAUAUAUCCAGCCAACCACUGUUAAUUUUCAAAAUUGCCCAAGGCCUGAAUGCCUUUAAACCGAUACUUAGAGGCUCUGGCAGUUUCUUUUUAAAAAUCAAGUCAUUUCUCAUGGAGAGAGUAAAAGAACAAAAUGACAAAGAUAUUCUGCGAAUGAUUAUCACAACUUUGCUUGAUCAGUCAUACAAGCAUACAGAGAGUAAUGAUGCAAGAGAUUCUCCGAACCUUUUGUCAGUGCGAGCCACUGAUGACGAAAUAAAAAACUCAUUUCCCAAUCAUGCUAAGGCAAUAGUAUUUCUGUUAUCUUUUCCGACGGACGAUGUAACACGUUGCGAGGGUUGUAGCAAGAAUUCAACAAAGAAUACAAAUGUUGUGGAAGGAACCUAUCAUGCCUUUUUGAAAAAAAUGAUCAAUUCACAACUGGAGGAUGGUGGCUGUGGUUUGUGUGGAAAUGUGACAAAAGAACAGGAAGAAGGUCAUGUAUUAUUAGUCAACGAAAUUACCCAACUGAGAAGACAGUUUGCUGCUCUGAUUAAUUUGGAGUUGCAAUCAAAUAAGUCCAGCCAUGGAUCAUAGUGCUGUUUCCUGCAGGAGUUUUUUUUUUUUUUCUCUAAAGGUUGGAAUCUGGAAGGAUAAAUGGUGCAGUUUGCAUUCAAGGCAUUUUUUUACAUAAAUAAUCAAACACUUUUGAUUCAUGUCUUUAUAAAUAGAUUUAGAAUAUGCAAAAAAGCACCUCUUUGCUGUGCUAUUUUAUUUUAUCUUUUGACUGUAAGCCUUGGGCGUUUUAAUUAACACAUCAAUUUUUUUUAACAAUCAUCCAUACAUAUAAUAUAAAGUUCUAUGAAAA